AUGGACGUGGGUAACCUGUCCUCCAAUUGGAAGAAACUGCAGUCUACCCUCAAGGAAUCCAAGAAGAGCGAAUCCUCCCCCGUAAUAUCCCCCCAGAAUGGCGUGAAACGGAAACGCGAACGGCAUCAACCCAAUAUCUCCAAGCCUCUCGCGCAGGUGUCGAGACCACGAAAGAAACUGCGAAUCGCGAGGAGUAUGGCCCAGGAUGGCCCUUCUACAACAAAGACAAAACCAAUUCAAGAGAUAGAGACUUCUGAGGGUGUGCCGCAUCCUCGGCUACCGGAUCGUGCAACAUCAGAGAAUGUGAAUGCUGGGUUGUCUACUUCGGUCGAGUUGGGUAAAUAUGUUGCCAUUGACUGCGAGAUGGUUGGCGUAGGACCCAACCCAGACAGAGAAUCGGCGCUGGCGCGUGUCAGCAUUGUGAAUUACAACGGCGAUCAAGUCUACGAUUCUUACGUUAUCCCGCGCGAGACAGUGACAGACUGGAGAACGCAUGUCAGCGGGAUUGCUCCCAAGCACAUGAAGUAUGCACGAACACUCGACGAGGUUCAAGCAGACGUGGAACGAAUUCUCACAGAUAGAAUCAUCGUCGGCCACGCAAUUCGACACGAUCUUGAGGCUUUGAUGUUGACCCAUCCGAAACGAGAUAUUCGAGAUACAGCUCGGCAUCCGCCAUACCGGAAGUUAGCAGGAGGAGGCUCACCCAGACUGAAGAUUCUGGCAUCGGAGUUGCUUGGGUUUGAGAUUCAGGAGGGCGAACAUUCGAGCAUUGAAGAUGCCCGGGCGUGCAUGCUACUCUUUCGACGGGACAAGGCUGCUUUUGAGCGGGAGCAUGCGAAGAGAUGGCCCACACGGCCGACCACAGAGCAACACGAACCUGUCGAUGGCAUAGAAAAGCCGCGGAAGUCGACCAAGAAGAAGAAAAAGAAACGAUGA